CUGGUCACAUGACCUCUCACCGUUCACUACUGUAGGGAAUCGUUUUCUCAAGCUGUUUAGCGCUAGAAGAAGUUUGUCCCUUCCACGACGCUGUACCCCGGAAGUUCCCCUGAAAACUGUCGCCGCUGUAUUCCCUACAGCUGUUUCCUGGAGAUUAGUGCUGCCUGACAGCAGAGCCAUGAAGGUCGGUUCGGCGGUUCUGGCCUGCUGCUGCCUUGUCAUCCAGGUGCUUGGCCUUGCUCUCUUUCUGCGCGGCUUUUUCCCAGUCCCUGUGCGAUCUCAGGCCAGGAAAAGCAGCUUGUCUGAGAUCCCAGCAGAACCCUGGGCAGGGAAAACAUCUAACUGGACGCAACUUCCCCAUCCCCUGUUUAAGAGAGUUGUCAUUCUUCUCAUAGAUGCUUUGAGACAGGACUUUGUAUUUGGUGUUAAAGGAAAAGAGCACAUGCCUUACAUAACACAACUUAUAGAAAAGGGGUCAACCCUCAGCUUUAUUGCAGAGGCCACAGCUCCAACUGUUACAAUGCCUCGCAUUAAGGCAUUGAUGACUGGCAGCAUACCUGGCUUUAUUGACAUUGUAGUCAAUCUCAACUCACAUGAACUACUGGAAGACAACUUGAUAUGGCAGGCAAAGCAAGCUAGAAAAAGAAUAGUGUUUUAUGGUGACGACACCUGGAUAAAACUUUUUCCAAAGCAUUUUGUGGAGUAUGAUGGGACAACAUCAUUCUUUGUUUCAGACUUUACUGAGGUUGAUAAUAAUGUUACCAGGCAUUUAGAUGAUGUUUUAAAGAGGAAUGAUUGGGAUAUGCUGGUACUUCACUAUCUUGGAUUAGAUCACAUUGGGCAUUUGACUGGACCCCACAGCCAUUUAAUUGGACCAAAGCUUUAUGAAAUGGACCUUGUCUUGAAAAAGAUUCACUCUGCUCUGAUAUCAAACGAUGAUAUGUCGCUCCCAAGUUUAAUUGUUGUAUGCGGUGAUCAUGGAAUGUCUGAAGCAGGAAGUCAUGGAGGAUCAUCUGAUGAGGAAGUGCAGACCCCGCUUGUGUUAAUAAGUUCAGCGUUUCAAAACAAAGCAGGUACAUUUAAAGAACCUGAGAUGAUUCAGCAAACCGACUUGGCACCGACUCUAGCAGUGGGUCUUGGACUGCCAAUUUCCAAGAGCAGCUUAGGAAUGCUUCUACCAGCAGUAGUAGAACACGUGACCAUUAGAGAACAAUUGCGGUUUUUCCAUUUAAAUGGUUAUCAGCUAUGUAAACUCCUGAAAGAGAAUCUGAAGGCUUAUGAAAAAGAUGAAGGUGUAGAACAAUUUAAGAAGGCAGAAAAGUUGCAUGCAAAUUGGAUUAAGCUAUACCUGGAAGGGAAUACUUCAGAAGUCCUCACUAACCUUGGCAGAAAGCUUAUCAAACAGUACUUAAAGGCCCUGCAGAAGCUGAGCGCCUCCUUAAGUAAACAGGUGGCAGAGUAUGACAUCUACUCCAUGACAGUUGGAGCCAUCAUAACUUUAGAGAUGUUCUUCCUUCUUAUACUCAGCAUCCCAAGUGCUUUGAGCAGCAAGGCCGAGUUUGAUUUGCCUCUAUCGUCGCCAGUCUUCUCACUAUUCUUUUAUAUGACAUGUCUUGUGCUGGCUGCCGUCCAUGUCAUUGUAUGUACAUCAACUGAGAACAUGUGCUUCUUCUGUAGCAUAUCAUGGAUGAUGGCGAUGGGCAUUAUGGUAUUCAUUUCAGCAGUACUCUGUAUUCUUCUAUCAGUUUUAGGAAAAUUGAUUUUGAAACCUAAACCAUCUCAUGAGAAACCAAACUCCAGCAUGUCAACAUGGUCAGAACUAGACCUUCUUCUACUGGUGGGGACACUUGGCCAUGUUUUAAGUAUGGGGGCAAGUAGCUUUAUUGAGGAGGAACAUCAGUCCUGGUAUUUCCUUGUCAACACUUUGUGUUUGGCUUUAUCUCAAGAAAUGUGCAGGAAAUAUUUUCUUGUAAGAAAACGAAAUAGAAUGAACUCUACAGACUUAGACCAUGGUGCACAAGGAGAUGUCUACAUUAAUGAAGUCUAUGAUGCACACAAAAAGGAGUUAAGAGAAGAAAGGGUAUCAAUUUUAGAACGUUUUAUUAAAGACAAUGAAAAAUGGAUUGCGCUGACAAGUCCUGGCGCUAUCCUUAUAUGUUGUCGAUUAUUACGUCCCUUGAAUCAGACUGGAAUUCAGUGGAUACAUCGAUCAGAUUUUGGACACUGGUUGACAAACUCUGAACACAAAGCUGAACUGUCAUUUUUGGUAGGAAUCUGCUUAGUGAUGAUCUUUAUUUUAAUUCAAGGAAAAUGCUCUUUAGUGUCUAAAGUAGCACUGCUGUUUGGAUUGCUGGGGGUUUACUGUUACAGAGCCGCCAUAGGCCAUGUUUUGUAUCCAUGGCAACAAAACGCUAAAGAUCUGACAAAAGGAAUCACAGAAGCUCGAUUCGUCUACAUAUUUGUACUUGGGAUUCUUAUUACUGGAAUAAAAGACUUGGUGAAAUCUCAUGUCAUGGGCAUAGAUCCUAAAGCAAAGACUAUGGGAUUAUGGGAAGUAUACAGUGGACUGAUUCUUCUUGCAGCACUUUUGUUUCGACCACACAACCUUGUGGUUUUGGUGUUAUGCCUCCUCAUUCAGAUGAUUUUAACAACGUUCAUCUGGAGAAUCCUGAAGUAUGAUGCAGCUCAGAUCACUAUAAUGCACUAUUGGUUUGGACAAGCUUUUUUCUUUUUUCAGGGAAACUCCAACACCAUAAGUACAGUGGAUAUUUCGGCUGGUUUUGUUGGUCUUGAGGGUUAUGUUGAGAUACCAGCUAUUUUCCUUACUGCCUUUGUGACCUACAGUGGGCCUUUUCUUUGGUCCAUGCACUUGUUGUGCUAUCUGAGUGGGGAAGUCAACAGGACUUCUACAGCUGUGGCACAUGGAUGUUACUGCUAUGCCAUCAUCCGUUCGCUUCCAGUGACUGUUUACAUUCUUCUGAUAACGGGUCUCCGUUACCAUUUGUUCAUCUGGAGUGUCUUUUCUCCUAAGCUGCUUUAUGAAGUGAUACAUGUAGUCAUCUCAGCUGGGGUUUGUGUGAUGUUUACUGUUGCAGAUAAGAACCAUGUAGCAAAAAGUGAACUAUGAGUAGUGUUACAGUAAUGUUUUCCGAGAUCUUAAUACUGAUGACCCAUCCCCAGGAUAGGUCAUCACUAUCUGAUCA